GGUGAACUCAUUUUCAACUCAGUAAGCGAGCAGACAGCGUUACAGCGCACAGCGCAAGUGGAAUUUUACGCGUUACAAUAAGGAUAUAUUUGACACGAUUUCAUAAUGGGCUACCCAGAGUCAUUGGGAAGUGUUUCCUAUGUUCAGAUGAACAAUAACAACAACGAGAUGACAUUAAACGACGGUGUUAGCAGCACUCUUAUCUCGUCACCGAGUUCUCAGGACAUUUGCACCUCACUGCAGCAGAGUGUGGUGGAGGCGAGGAGAGAGGGUCGCAUUACCUGCGGCGUUUACCAGGCGGCAAGGGUGCUAGAAAACGACCCUGAUGACGUGAUGGUGUGCAUCCUGGCAGCAGACACCUCACAAGACCUAGAACUCCACAUUCAUUUCACGCUAUUAGAGGCAUUUUGCUGGGAAAACGACAUCAAGAUAAUUAAGGUCGACUCGGCAUCAAAACUGAAGAAGUUGGUCUAUGAUGACAACUUGCCAGCAAAUGACAACGAUGAAGCAAUUGGUCACAGACCCGGGACCAGGGACGUGGACUGCGUUUUGAUCCAGUUUCCAAAACAACAAGAAAGUACUUCAGACCAGGAAGUUCUAGAGUUUUACAGAGCAAGUGAACAAAUCCUACCGAAGCCAAUUAUCGAACUACCAAAGUGAAGUGAAAGGUGACAUCGUCAUCGUUUCACCUCUGCGUCCCUUGUGACGUAUUAAUAUGGUCAUUUGUGUGCCCGGCUUUAACUCCAGCCUGGUGCAUGGCUUCGGAAGCCGUUAAGAAUUAAGACCCCGUGGACGAGGCAAAACUCAGGGGUUCUCGAGAAGCCUUCCGCCACGAGCCCAAGUGACCAUCAUGGCGACACCAUGCAAACCUUGAAGAGGACUAGACCUAUGCCCACUGUGGGUUAGACUUCACCACUGUCACAUAAAACUGUUUGUCACAACGAUGAUGCAAGGCAACAAGACCAAAACGCCUCGUUGACAACAACGUGACAACUGAACAGCCACGAGAACUGUGGGUUUCCAAAGUAACCUAUUCAUAGGUUGCCCUUGAAUCUACGUGACUGAUCGCUGACAGUUAUUACAAAAUUGACUGGGCUAGAAUAUGAUACAGACUGGUAAUAAGACCACAGAAUGCGAAUCUUCUGACCCUAAUCAAUAUUACAACCAGUUUUUAAAGAAUAUUACAGAAUUGUGAAAAUGAGCGAUCUGACACUUUUUAAAAUAUAUUUGACUUUAUCUAUAGUACAGUCUUUCAGAAAUGAAGACAUUUUAACAUUUUUUUUAUUUAAUAUGGAAAAAAUAAAUAUGUGUGUAUUGAAGCAUUCUCUUUUUAAGUGAUUGACUACCCUUUGGGUUCUCCAACGUGGAAAUUACAUUUUCAAAUGUUCGUCUUCGUCAACGUAAGAGCAAUUUGGAGACAUAAUAUAAUUAUCACUCCUACAUGUGAAAUGUCAGGCAAAAUAUUAGAUGUAAAAGUAACUUUCAAAACGAAGGAUCGAUUGUAGCAUGGAAAAACGUAGCACUUUUAUUUACGUAUUUGAAAUAUAUUUUUUGUGCUAAUAUAGCAGGUAUAAAAUGUGUAAAUUUAA